UGUACCUGCAUGCUUCAGUAAUAAACCAGUCAUUGGUCCGAACUGUUGUUUUACUAAAUACCUCACUGGCGACGACGCGAGAGUACCCACGCAUUAAAAAUAAAUAUGGCGAACUCUUAUCUCGGUUCUUUGCCUAAUUUCGACUACAAAUCCGGAGAAUGGUCUAUUUUUAAAGGCAAAUUAACUCAGUUUUUCAAAGUAAAUGCUAAUAGUAUUACAGCCGAUAACAAAUGUGCAGUGUUAAUAACGCAUCUUUCGGACGAUUCGUAUCGCUUGGCACGUAAUCUCGUGUACCCUCGUGAUUUAGAAGUGCAUACGUAUGACGAACUUAUUGCUGUUUUAGAUAAACAUUUUAAAAUUAAAAAGUGUUCGUUUGCUAAUAAGGCGAAGUUCUACAGUGCGACGAAGAAACCAGACGAGUCUUUAGGAGACUGGGCGGCGCGGCUACGCGGGUUGGCAAGUCAUUGCGACCUGGGCAACGCCCUGGAGACGGUGCUGACGGACCGUUUCGUCCUCGGUCUGGGUUCUGGCCCCGAGCGCGAUAAGUUGUUUGAACAAGACGCGGCGACCCUUACGUUCGUCAAGGCGCUGGAGGUCGCGGAGCAAGCGGCUAGUGCUAGGCAAGCCCAGGUGGUGGUAGGCGAGAACGGCAGUAUCGGCAACGUGCCGAUAAAGGAGGAGCCGGUUUUCCGUGCGGCGAGCGCGGCGAUCCCUGGGCGCGGCGGCGCCCGUGGUCGCGCCAGCCGCGGUGGCGGAGCUGGUGCCGGUCGUGUUACGGAUAUCGCAUCGGGUUCCAAAUGGCAUGAACGUGAUGACGUCAAUAGGUGUAAUAUUUGCGGUAUGAAGAACCACAGUGCGGAAACGUGUCGUUAUAAAGGUUAUAAGUGCGGCAAGUGCGGUGUUAAGGGACACUUAAAGAAAGUAUGCAAACUAAGAUUUCACAAUAUCCAGGCACAGGAAGGAGAAUCGGAAACUUCUUGCGAGGACUGUGAGGAGUGUGCGCUAUACAAUUUAAGGUAUGAACAUUACGAUCCCAUUAUUUUAACUGUAUUAAUCAACGGUGACAAAUUUUAUAUGGAACUAGACUCGGGUUCGGGUAUAAGUGUGAUUUCCGAUAAAUGUUAUAAACAAUAUUUUUCUCAUAUUCAGUUACAUAAGUGUAACAUUAAGUUAUGUGUUUAUAACGGGCAUAAAAUGACGCCAAUGGGUGUAUUGUUAGUAAAUGCUGAGUACAAUUCAAUUAAAGACGUCCUUAAGAUAUAUGUGAUACCUAAAGGAGGUCCACCCUUAAUUGGUCGUGAUUUUAUGACUAAAUUCGGCAUUAAAGUUACUACUGAGGAAUAUUAUAAUAAUAAUAGUAUAGCCACUGACCAUUACGCCGGGGAGGUUCAACAAUUAUUACAUUCUUAUGCCGAUUUGUUCAGCGAGGGAUUGGGAAAAUUUAAUAAAUUUAAAAUCUCACUUCGCCUUAAAGAAAAUGUUGUACCAGUUUUUUUUAAACCCCGACCAGUCCCCUUUGCCCUUAAGCACAGAGUCGAUGAGGAACUCGAACGCCUUGUUGGUUUAGGUAUAUUAGUACCAGUGAACUUUUCGAAGUACGCGACUCCAAUUGUUCCGGUUUUGAAGGAGAACGGGAAAAUUAAAAUUGCAGGCGAUUAUUCGGUAACGCUAAACAAAGACUUGGUUAUUGACAAAUACCCUAUGCCGCGUAUAGAAGAAGUGUUCGCGAAAUUAGGAGGCGGCGAACGUUAUACAAAACUAGAUUUGAGCAAUGCGUAUAACCAAUUCGUAUUGAGUGACGAGUCCCGGGAGCUCACUACCAUCAGCACCACGCGAGGGUUGUUCCAAUACACCAGGCUCGUAUAUGGUCUGGCCAAUGCGCCGGCUAUAUUUCAGAGAACAAUGGAGACCCUGCUGGUAGGAAUAGACGGAGUGAGCAUCUGGCUGGAUGACGUGUGUAUCACAGGGCCGGAUAAGGCGACUCAUUUGGAAAGGUUGCGUGAAGUUUUGUUUCGAAUUAAAGACGCCGGUUUAAAAUUACAAAAAGAUAAGUGCGAGUUUUUUAAAUCGAGCGUCACAUAUUUAGGUUACGUCAUUGACAAAAACGGCCUUCGAACAUGUCCAAAAAAGAUUGAGGCAAUAGUUAAUGCCCCUCGCCCAAAUAAUGUUCUGGAUGUUAAGCGGUUUUUAGGGUUUAUUAAUUAUUAUCGGAAGUUUAUACCGCGCGCCUCGAGUGUACUUAAUCCGUUGCACGAGUUACUUAAGGUCGUUGCUAUGUGGAGAUGGGGCCCCGAGCAAGAGGAGGCAUUCAUCGCGAUUAAACGUGAAAUGGCUUCAGGCCGGGUUCUAACUCAUUUUGAUCCGGAAGCGCGACUGGUUUUGAGUGUUGACGCGGGACCUACCGGUCUGGGUGCCGUGAUAUCGCUUGGGCCGGAAGGUCACGAGCGACCCCUGGCUUUCGCCUCCCGGGCACUUACGCCCAGCGAGAAAAACUACAGCCAAGUGCACAAGGAAGCCGCAGCCAUAGUGUACGGAGUGAAACAUUUCCACCAGUACCUUUACGGGCGAAGUGAACCAUUUGUACUCAAAACUGACCAUCGACCCCUACUUGCCAUAUUUGGCAAGAAAAAUGGCAUAUCCGUUAUGGCUGCCUCCCGUUUGCAACGGUACGCUAUUUACUUAUCAGCCUACAACUACGUCAUUAGUUACAUUACUAGUGAAAAAAAUGUUGUAGCGGACUAUUUCUCUAGGGCACCGCCGAAAGUAGUAAAUCCGUCGGAGUUAAACAUUGACGAAGGUGGGUCGCUUGCUGAUAAGAUUGAUAAUGCUGCGCAAGCAAACGACUCGCCGCCGCCGCCCGCGCCCGCGCCCGCGCCUUCCCCGCGCCCUUUGACCUUUUCGCCCGCUCCGGCUCAGGCGCCGACGGCACAGGCGUUGCAACCCUCACCCCCGCGCUCACCUAUGUUAUUGUCGAGGCCGGACGCAAUUGAAAAUAUUGAUCAAGAGAUUAACGAACCACAAGAUAUUGCAUCCGACAACGACUUUUAUGAGUGUGAUGAUAAUAAUGUGGAGGGAGAGGAAACGGAUCGACCGGUGCCAGAAUUAGAAACGCUAAGCUCUGUACCCGCGAGCCCCGCGUCCGCCUCGGCUCCCGCGAGCCCUGCAGCGCCCGCGUCCCCCGCGGCCCCCGCGGACUCGCAACUGCUGCGCCCGCGAGCGCAGCAGCAGCACCUGGCUCAGAACGAGCAGACUGAUAACCAGUCGGAUCCGGUUCCGCGCCGAUUGAGCGGAAUCCCCGGCCCACUCAGUGUGGGUUACGGGUUGCCCGACGAUGGCCAAGGCCAACGUCCGUCUGCAGACUGCGAGACGGAUCCGCCGCGCUUAGUAGCCGAAGCCACUCCCACUCCUCCCCCGGCCAGAGGGAAUUCCUAA